GUCCCCUCACCUCACCGCAUUCAUCCUACACUACACUUCAUUAUCAUUGCAUUACACCGUUAUCACCUCGUUCGUUCAUUUCGCCGCCGGUCGUUGUUAGUUGAUGUACUUCUCCUACUGUAUUUGUAACCACAUUCUUCUUGUUGUUUCAUCGAUACUUGUACUCAGCAGUUCAACCUAACGUUGUGUUCGACCAGUUCGACCAACGAUAAUAUCAUUUGGCGUGAAUCUAGUGGCUUAAUUAAUCGAGUAAAAUGGCAGAUUCUGCAGCUUUAACGUAUGAUGAAGCGAAGGCACUCACUUCUGUACAAGAUUCAGCGACUGAGGGGUUCUACUUCCAACAAACUAUGUACAGAAUUAAAGAUCCUAAAGCUAGUUUAAAAUUCUACAACGAAGUAUUAGGAAUGAGCUUGCUAGCUAAAGUAGAUUUUCCAAGCAUGAAAUUCACUUUGUAUUUCAUGGGAUAUGAAAAUCCUGCAGAAAUCCCCACAGGAGAUAUCGAUGAAAUCAUGAGAUGGACCACUUCGAAGAGAGCUACUUUAGAAUUAACUCAUAAUUGGGGUACCGAAAAUAAUCCAGAUUUUUCAUAUCAUAAUGGAAAUUCAGAUCCUCGAGGCUUUGGGCAUAUCGGUAUCGUGGUACCAGAUGUAGACAAAGCUUGCGAACGAUUCGAAAAAUACAACGUCGAAUUUGUGAAAAAACCCAAUGACGGAAAAAUGAAAGGAAUCGCUUUCAUAAAAGACCCUGACGGUUACUGGAUCGAAAUUCUAACAAGCAAUGCUUCGAUUAAAGGUUACGGCGCUGAAUAAGAGCCAUAAGUGAUAUUACCAUUGAGAUUAUUCACGUUUUAUAAUGUUAUGCAUUUAUUAAAUAAAUCACGGUUAAGCGAGUAGUA